GGUUUUAAUCCUUGUUGCUCCAUCCAAAUGAAUGUAUGGAGGCAUUGGAGGCGUUGGAGCUUAGAAAGCUUUGGUGAUAUUAUGUCCAUGGACCCAUCAAAUCAUCUAUUGGCUUAUCUACUUCGUGCUAGGGGAAUUCACCUAUCUCUUUUCCAUUGCAUAAACAUACAAGGUUGCAGAUACCCAUUGUGUUUACCAUUAAUAAAACACGACACACGGUACAUACAGUACAAGAUGGUCAAGAGAAAGGCCAAAGAUGUCGGAGAUGAAGUUCAUAUUGAGCCUCGAAGAUCAAGUCGACAAAAAGUAAACAAUGCUGAGAGUUUGAAAGAAAGGGCUACAACUUCGUCAAAUUCGUAUUCUUCGGCACCAAAUAGCGAGGAGGAGAUCAAAAAGGAGACGGCAAACAGAGAUUCUCAAAAAGGAGCAAAUGUGAAUGGAGAAGUCACUGCACCAAAAACAACUGUUAACUCUACCAAAUCCACAAAAUCUACCAAACCAUCUCUACCAAAUGGCACCAAAUCUACGACAACAGGAAUUUCCUCGCCUGGAUCCUCAUCAGCUCGUCAAUAUUGGCUCAUGAAAGCUGAACCUGAAUCACGUAUCGAAAAAGGUCAUGAUAUUAAAUUCUCCAUUGAUGAUUUGGCAGCCAAAACCGAACCAGAGCCUUGGGAUGGAAUACGAGCAUAUCCAGCUCGCAAUAAUCUUCGUGCGAUGAAGAAGGGAGAUUUGGCCUUCUUUUAUCAUUCGUCAUGCAAAAUUCCUGCAAUCGUUGGAAUCAUGGAGAUCGUUGAAGAACAUUCUCCGGAUCUCUCAGCGCAUGAUCCUAAAGCUCCGUACUACGAUCCUAAAUCUUCACCGGAUGAUCCCAAGUGGAGUGUAGUACACGUCGAAUUUCGCCAGAAACUAAAAACACCUAUCACGCUCAAGGAAAUCAAAGCCUGGUUUGAAGAAAAGGGAAAUGCUUUGAAUAAUAUGCAAAUGUUGAAGCUGGCACGAUUGAGUGUAAGCAAAGUAAGUAGCGAUGAGUGGAGAUUUCUGGUAGGUGAAAUGGAGAAGAAUGGGGAUGUGAUUAAGGAAUAGAAAUCUCAAGGCACGAUGAUAAUUUGAUUUUUGUCGUCUACGGGUUAUGCAUUUUAUAGAUACUAAAAUCUUUUUGAGAUGGGUUUAUAAUGGAUACUCACAAUUGCUUGAUGAUUAAUACGAAUCAAUAAUGCUUCAAACACA